GUGAGUUGACUUGUCGAGCAAGAUUCAUACUUCCUGGUUUCACUAAUAGUGAUUUCUGUAGCGUCCGUAAUCGUGUAUUAUAUACUUUUCUAGAUAAUAAUGAAAUACAAUAUAUUUUGCGUUAUGUGAUGUAGCUAUUUAAACAGAUUACGGCAUUUCCCUAACCCUGGACCAGAGUAAUGUACAAGAUUCAUCGAUGUCAACAACAUACAGUCACUAGCUAAGUUUCAAAAAUCUAGCAAGCUAACAACAUAGCCAUAGGCAAAACAGAAUUUGCUUCAACUACUGUCACAAUCGCUACUGGACUUGGACCAAAGAACAACCACCACUACUGGCUGUUUCCAUUUCUCAUCGCAGACGUCGUAUUUGAACAAUUUUAAGGGUGAAAAAAACAUCCUUUCAUAAUGACGGCUGCGGCUUCAAAUUGGGGUUUGAUAAUGAACGUGGUCAACAGCAUCGUUGGAGUAAGCGUGCUGACCAUGCCUUUCUGUUUCAAACAGUGUGGGAUAGUUCUGGGCACGCUGUUGCUUUUCUUCUGUUCAUGGAUGACCCACCAGUCGUGUAUGUUUUUGGUCCACACGGCCAGCAGCACCAAACGCAGAACCUAUGCCGGCCUUGCUUUCCAUGCCUAUGGCAAGCCAGGAAAAACACUGGUGGAGACCAGUAUGAUAGGUCUGAUGUUGGGGACCUGUAUUGCCUUCUAUGUGGUCAUCGCUGACCUGGGCUCCAAUUUCUUCGCCCAGCUGUUGGGCCUACAGGUGUCAUUCAGCUUCCGCGUGCUCCUGCUGAUCGCAGUGUCUCUGUUCAUCGUGCUGCCUCUUAGUCUGCAGAGGAACAUGAUGUCAUCCAUCCAGUCCUUCUCUGCCAUGGCCCUCAUGUUCUACACUCUGUUCAUGUUCACGAUAGUCAUGUCUUCCCUACGUUACGGCCUAAUCUCAGGCUCCUGGUUCCAGCGUAUUCAUCUGUGGCGAGUCGGGGGCGUCAUUCAGUGCCUCCCCAUUAUCGCCACCACCUUCUGCUGUCACCCGCAGGUGUUGCCUACCUACGACAGUCUGGACGAGCCAUCCAUCAAACGCAUGAGCACCAUCUUCACCACCUCCCUAAACGUUGUCACUACCUUCUACAUCACAGUGGGCUUUUUUGGCUAUGUGAGUUUUACAGAGGACAUCGCUGGUAACGUUCUGAUGAACUUCCCAUCUAACCUGGUGACAGAGAUGAUCCGUGUAGGCUUCAUGAUGUCAGUGGCUGUGGGCUUUCCCAUGAUGAUUCUGCCCUGUCGACAGGCCAUCAACACUAUGCUGUUCGAACAACAGCAAAAGGAUGGGACAUUUGCUGCAGGUGGGUACAUGCCUCCACUGCGCUUCAAGAUGAUUACCCUCGCCAUCGUCUUUGGAACCAUGCUGGGAGGCAUCCUCAUUCCCAAUGUGGAGACCAUCCUGGGUCUGACUGGAGCCACCAUGGGUUCUCUCAUCUGCUUUAUCUGCCCUGCUCUCAUCUAUAGAAAAAUCCAGAAGAAUGGAUUCACUGCACAGUUGGUGUUGUGGGUGGGGCUUGGCAUCCUGUUGAUUAGCACGUUCACAACGCUGUCAAUCUCAGCCAGUGACCCCACCCCCAAGCAUGCUCCUCCUCCCCCUGCAGCUGACAAGAGUGCUAUCUUCAAUGUCAUUCCUAACAUCCCUGAUUUACAGGACGCAGUAGAUAAGCCAGUGGUGGUGAAGCCUGUUGUGGUGGAGAAGCAUAAGGCCCCUGCUGUAGUUAAACCAGACCAACCAGUUGAGAGCCAACAAGGGCAGGCUGAGCCCCCCCAGAUCAACGGACCGGCACAAGGUCUACCGGACAGGAAGAAGGAGGAGAAGGAGGUACAGCUAGACCGCCCUGACGCAGGUGUUGCAGUGCCUGACGGGGAGGCCCAUCGGCAUGAGCCGCCCAUACCCCAUGACGAGGUUCAGAUCGAGGAGAGGAAGAACAACGCUGAGCUGGAGGAGGAACAAAAACAACCUGCAGCAGGAGAGCAAGAGGGGCAGUAUGAGGGUCAGGGUGCACCGGACCAAAAAGAGCAAGAGAUGAUAAAUAAAGAUGGACGACAGAAGGAGAAGUUCUCCCAGGUGGUGAAGAGGGAAGAAGUGGCAGUACAGUCCAAUGAGGUGCUGGAGAAGCCUGAGCCGGAGGCUGGAAAGAACCAAGUCCCGUCCCUGAAGGAAGUUGAGAAACCUGACCCUGUAAAAGAGGAAAGGGCUGGGAAGGACGUUGUUGCUGAUCAGGCGUUGGUUGAUGUGACCAAAGCCCCAGAGGCUGUUGAAAGACCUGAGCUUGCUGCCAUAGGUCCUGAAGCAGUGGUUCCUGGGGCAGAGGUGGUGUUCGCUGCUCCUGAAGCCAGGGAAGAAGUGGUGGAGGACAAGAUGGAUGUGAUAAAAAAGCUUGUUGCAGAAGGCCAGUUGGACCAUGCCGUGUUGCUCCAGGUUAUAAAGGAGCAGCAGGAGCAGCAGAAGAGAUUGUUGGACCAGCAGGAGAGAUUACUGGCUGUUAUACAAGAACAGCACCAAGAGAUGCACCCCAAAAAGCCAGAUGGAGCACCUGAGGCCGAUGCAGAGAAGGGAGUCCAGGAGGAGGGAGGAGCCGACAAGUCCAAAGACCCAGCUCUAGGUGCCUCUGCUCUGGCCUCUGACAAGAAAGAACUUAAGGAGCCUGUUCAAGCUGGUGCACCACAGGAUGGAGGUGUCCAGCCCCAGAAUGAGGUUCUCCUUGUGGGGAAGAGCACAGAGGAGCAGGCCAUCAAGGUGGUGGCGGCUGUGAUCCCCAAGGAAGAAGUAGUUAAGGAGGUCCCUAUAAAGGCAGGGGUGGGUGGUGCUGCAGCAGACAUCCAUAAAGAGAGAGAGCUGGGAGCCAGAGGAGUACCGCUAGGUCAGAAGGUCACAGAAAAGCUGGAGGUAGAACCAGACCAGCACAAAUACAAAAAGGAGCAGCUGGCACAGGCUAAAGAUGAGGAUGGGGCAGCGAUAGGAGGGUUAGAAGGAGUGGAGAGACUGGAGGAGGAGAGACUGGAGAAGGAGAGACUGGAGAAGGAGAGGAUUGAUAGAGAGGUGCAGGCAAGAGUGGAGAAAGAACGGUUGGAGAGGGAGAGGAGAGAGAAUCUGCUGAGAGAACAGGAGAUGGAGAAAACCAGAAUAGAGGAAGAGAGGGUGGCGAAAGAGAGGCUUGUAAAGGAGCAAGAAGAGAAGGAGAGAAUGGAGAAGGUCCAAAUGGAGCAAGAUAGGUCCCAGGAAGAGAGAGAGAAGACUGAGAGGGAGGUGAUGGAAAGAGCAAAGAAGAUGGCGGAGCUUCAAGAGCAGAGAGAGAAACUGGCAAAGCUUGAGAGGGCUAUCCAGGCCCGGGAUGAGCAGGCUCAGGCUAAAGCUGGGACAGGACCUGUGGAACCUGGAGGGGAACCAGCGUUAGUAGCAGAACUUGGAGCUGUGAAGAAGAGUGGACGGGACCUGAAGGAGAGGGCAGCCGUUCAAUCUGACAACAGGAACAUUGUGGAAGAGAAGGCCCCAAAAGGCCAGGGGGUCCAGGACUAUGCCCGGGACCAGGGAGACAUGGACCUAAAGAGGAGAAGGAGAGCCCUGGGAGGUGUUGGAGGUGCAAUGGAGGCUAUGGGAUCCCAGGGGGAUGUGCAGGGGCUGGACAUCGGGGGAUCGGAUCUCCAUGCAACCCUGGAGAGACAGCUGCUGGGUGGAGCGGCGGUACACUCUCGGCAGAUUAAACAGACCUACGAGGAGGAGUAACUACGGCUGGGUUACUUCUUCACCACUUGCCUUUACAAUAUCUGACCAGUAAAAAUAGCGUGUGCAAGUGUGAUGCAUGACAUUUUCUGUCUGCAUUUACACUUUUAACCCUAUUCAGACCCUCUCUUUUAGCAAAAUAUCUCUUCUGAUUGGUCAACAAAGCCAGUUAUUGACGUAAUAUGAAGUAGGCUACCUCCGUGUACACAGUAACCAUUUGACCAAAUUCUUGAUUCUACCAAAAAUAUGAAAGCUUCCGUUGGAGUUCUCCACUGAUUCCAGAAGAUAUUGCAGAGACAGUGUACUAGUGCUGAACACAUUCUAGAAUGUUCUAUAACUGUUGUAUUCUGCUGCCAUACAUCUAGAGCCUUUACUAUAUAUAUAUAUAAACUUUUUUUUUAUGUAAAUAUUAACUUAUUUUUGUUUUAUUUAGGUCUUGUGCUAGACUGGAAUGUAUGUUGAGCUAUGCAGUAACAGGUAUUUUUUGUUUGAGGGAGAGCAAUGUACCUUCUUUUCAAUGAUUUCAAAGUGAUGUGGUGUUUUUGUUUUGGCUUUGUAAAGAAUACUUGUGGUCAUAACUUCAGUUUAUCAUUCUUAGUUGUAAAUAGUAUGAAGACAAUGUUCUCUUAAAGCUAGCUGAAUGUCCUCAUUCUGGUUUUGCAUACUUUUUUUUAGAGCAAUGGUUCUGUUCUGAACUGUAGGCCUAGAUUGAUCAUUGUUGGUUUUCAUUCUAGUCCUCCAGCCAGGGAUUGGUUUAGAUCUAGGCUGCCAUUGAACAAUUAAGUCUAAUAUAAACCCAGCGCUACGCCUUUAAAGUACAUUUAUUGUAAUUUUGUUAGUUACAUUUACAUUUUCCCAUGGUUUUAAACCAGAAUUUACUGUUCAGUGACAGAUACUGCAAUCUUGUCAUAAACAUACUGUGCAAUUUAUUUUAUUUUUUUAGGACUUCUGAAUCCAUCCCAAGUCUAUGAUUGUACAUUCCGUGUUCUGUUCCUGCUUUCUCCAUCAGUGCCUUUGGUGUCUUGCAGGAUUGAUAUUUUCAUUACAUCCAGUAAUGCUCAAUUAUUUUGUAUUGUGAGCAGGCUCAUCUGCUUUGUUUCUGUCGUUAAUUGGAGUGAAAUUAAUUGGUCAAAAUGUCUCUAUAUUCCCAUAUUGAGAUGUAAGUUUAAUAAUGUCAUGAUUUUGAAGUUGCUUCUGUAGUGAAAUACUUUGACAAUACAGGGACUUUUGGUAAAGAUAUAGUUUAUGCUGUUAGCUGUCAAUGUUGGCUCUGUUUUUGUUAACUCAAACAAUGGCUUGGACUUUGACAGGUGUCCUGUAAUCUGGUUAUAAGGACCUUGAGUUGACUACACUGAGAGAUGAUAGCAACAGCGGCUUCAUCAUUCAUCACUGACUUGAGAAAAAGAGGUUAUUUUUCUGUCGAGUUAUGAACUCAUAUUUUUUAAAAUGUGUCAAUAAAGUGUGAAGUCAUUUUGGAA